GUGUGUAUGUGUGAUCGAGAAGUUUCUGCAGCAAUUGAUUUGAGGCCAAACGGUAUAAAAGAAGCAAAAAACAACCGAAAAUUAAAUAUUGUAUAAUGACCACUGACGAUACCACCGCUGCCGCCGAAGCCAUCAGUCACAAAGAUAAAGGAAAUGAGGCUUUCAAAGCCGCCAAAUGGACGGAUGCCGUGCAGGAGUACAGCGCCGCGAUCAAGCUGGGCGCCAAGCAUAAGGAACUGCCCGUAUUUUAUAAGAAUCGUGCGGCUGCAUAUUUAAAGCUAGAGAAGUAUACGGAGGCUGUAGACGAUUGCAACGAGUCGCUGCGUCUGGGACCCAAUGAUCCCAAAGCGUUGUUCCGGCGCGCACAGGCGUACGAGGCAUUGAACAAACCCGAGGAGGCGUACAAGGAUGCUACGGCGCUGUUUAAAGCCGAUCCAGGCAACAAAUCUGUGCAGCCCAUGCUGCAGCGCCUGCAUCUGAUUGUACAGGAGAACGCGGCGCGCAAUGCACAAACCGCAACUAAGGUGAAGCAAAUGAUAGAGUUGGCUUUUGAUUUUGCUGCGCCCAUCGAGAAGCGGCGGUCGGGCGCUAAUAAUUUGGUGGUGCUGGCCAAAGAGCCCGCAGGCGCCGAUUUGCUGUACAAGGAGCAGUGUGUCACGAAGAUAGCCACGCUGGCCAAAGUGGAGAAGGACGAGGAGAUCUACUUGAAUAUGGUGCGCGUGGUGGCCUCGCUGUGCGAGAACAGCGUGGAGCGCACCAAGGGCGUGCUAACAGAACUGGGCAUACCAUGGUUUAUGCGUGUGCUCGACCAGAAGCACGAGGAUUGCGUCAGUACCGCACAGUUCUGUUUGCAGACCAUCAUCAAUUCACUGUCCGGUCUCAAGAACAAGCCGGACGCCAAGCCAAACAAGGAGCUGUGUCAAAAGCAUAACCGUGAGAUUGAUACGUUGCUCACGUGCCUGGUUUACAGUAUUACGGAUCGCACCAUUUCGGGCAAGGCGCGCGAUGCAGUCAUUGAGCUGCUCACACGAAAUGUCCACUAUACGGCCCUGGAAUGGGCAGAGCGUUUGGUGGAGAUACGCGGUCUGUGUCGCUUGCUGGAGGUGUGUUCCGAGCUACAGGACUACAAAUACGAGAGCGCCAUGGAUAUUACCGCCUCGUCAAGCACAAUUGCCUCGGUGUGUCUGGCCCGAAUCUACGAGAACAUGUACUAUGACGAGGCCAAGCUGCGCUUCACGGAACAAAUUGAUGAGUUUGUCAAGGACAAACUGCUCUCGCCCGACAUGGAGUCCAAAGUGCGCGUGACCGUGGCCAUUACGGCGCUGCUCAAUGGUCCACUCGAUGUGGGCAAUCAAAUUGUGGCCAGGGAAGGAAUUCUGCAAAUGAUCCUGGCCAUGGCUACCACGGAUGAUUUGCUGCAGCAGCGCGUGGCCUGCGAAUGCCUAAUAGCAGCCUCCUCGAAAAAGGACAAGGCGAAGGCUCUGUGCGAACAGGGCGUGGAUAUACUUAAGGGACUGUAUCACUCCAAGAACGAUGCCAUUCGCGUGCGCGCCUUGGUCGGUCUGUGCAAGCUGGGCAGCUAUGGCGGACAGGAUGCGGCCAUAAGACCAUUUGGCGAUGGCGCCGCUUUGAAGCUGGCCGAGGCUUGUCGCCGCUUUCUCAUAAAACCGGGCAAGGACAAGGACAUUCGACGCUGGGCUGCCGAUGGCUUGGCUUAUCUCACGCUCGAUGCGGAGUGCAAGGAGAAGCUGAUCGAGGACAAUGCAUCCAUACACGCGCUCAUGGACUUGGCUCGCGCUGGGGAUCAGUCGUGCCUGUACGGCGUUGUUACCACAUUUGUGAAUCUGUGCAAUGCCUACGAGAAGCAGGAGCUGGUGCCCGAAAUGGUGGAGCUGGCCAAGUUUGCCAAACAUCACAUACCCGAGGAGCAUGAGCUGGACGAUGUGGAUUUUGUGAACAAGCGCAUAACCGUGCUGGCCAAUGAGGGCAUUACCACAGCGCUCUGUGCUCUGGCCAAGACCGAGAGCCACAAUUCACAGGAGCUGAUUGCCCGUGUGCUGAACGCCGUCUGCGGUCUGCAGGAGCUGCGCGGCAAGGUGGUGCAGGAUGGCGGUGUUAAGGCACUUCUGCGCAUGGCGCUGGAGGGCACGGAGAAGGGCAAACGGCAUGCCAGCCAAGCGCUGGCACGCAUCGGCAUCACCAUUAAUCCGGAGGUGGCAUUUAGCGGACAGCGUUCGCUUGAUGUCAUACGGCCGCUGUUGAAUCUACUGUAUCAGGAUUUCACGGCAUUGGAGAACUUUGAGGCACUGAUGGCGCUCACCAAUUUGGCCAGCAUGAAUGAGAGCGUGCGUCAGCGCAUAAUCAAGGAGCAGGGCGUCUCCAAGAUUGAGUUCUAUUUAAUGGAGGAUCAUUUGUAUCUGACACGGGCCGCUGCCCAGUGCAUAUGCAAUCUGGUCAUGUCCGAUGAUGUGGUGAAAAUGUUUGAGGGCGAGAACGACCGUGUCAAAUUUCUGGCACUGCUCUGCGAGGAUGAGGACGAGGAAACGGCCAUGGCCUGCGCCGGCGCUCUGGCCAUGCUCACCUCCGUCUCCACCAAGUGCUGUGCCAAGAUACUGAACAUUGCCAGCUGGCUAAAUAUUCUUCAUACGCUAAUUGCCAAUCCCAGUCCGUCCGUGCAGCAUCGCGGCGUUGUUAUUAUACUCAACAUGAUCAAUGCGGGUGCCGAGAUUGCCGCCAAACUCUUCGAAACGGACAUCAUGGAGCUGCUCAGCGGUCUCAGCCAGCUGCCCGACGAGGCGCGUGCCAAGGCGCGUGAGGUGGCCACCCAAUGCCUGGCGGCUGCCGAACGCCAACGCAUCAUCGAGCGAUCCGAUGAUGCCGAAAUCCCAGACGUAUUUGCCGAAAGUGCCAAAAUCACCGAAAUCGUCGAUGAUGAUUGAGUUGCCUUCUACAGUAGCUUUUAAAUUUCAUCCACUAUUUCAUCUAACAAUUCAACAGCGAGUCUUUCACUGUGUCAUUUAAUUUAUUUUCGAAUCACUUUCUUAAAGUGUACUUAAGCUUAAUGUGUUUUUAAUUCUGUACGAAUUUAUAAUAAAUUCAAAAAAAUGUUUCGUU